GCGGCUCUGUCUGGUCUCCAGUUUGAGCACAAGAGCAAAUCAUUCCGCGCAGGGGAAGUAGGAAAAUUGUAUUAUUAGUAAAACAAUGCAAGUCAUAUAUAGAAUUAAGUGCUUUAAUAACCAAGUGAAAAUUUAAGUAAAGAGAACACAGAAAUACUUUGUUACAAAGUUAAAAUUAUGGAAUGUUUCGAAAAUGUUCUUUUGAAUUUUGUUGUCACCUCCCCUUGCGUGGAACGUUACAUUACAGAAAUACAGCCCAUUCUGUACUGUGUGGUCUGAGCUAAGCUAACUAAAUUUUGCCGUUUUGGACUACAUUUUCACUUCUUGUCUUGCUCGGGAUAAUUACCAUGUCGGUGGCUUUCGCGGCUCACAGACAACGGGGAAAGGGUGAUAUAACACCCGCGGCUAUACAGAAGCUGCUUGAUGAGAACAACCAGUUAAUUCAGUGUAUAAUGGACUUCCAAAGCAAAGGAAAAACUGCAGAAUGUUCACAGUAUCAGCAGAUGCUGCACAGAAAUCUGGUGUACCUGGCUACGAUAGCGGACUCGAAUCAGAACAUGCAGUCGCUGCUGCCUGCCCCACCCACACAGAGCAUGCCCAUGGGGCCGGGCGCGAUGACUCAGAGCGGGGCCCCCCAGCCCCCCCACGGCCACAGCAUGCCCACUGAGGGGAUGGUCAGCGGCGGGCCCCCAGCCCCGCACAUGCAGAGCCAGAUGAACGGACAGAUGCCUGGGCCCAACCACAUGCCCAUGCAGGGCCCCAGCCAGCCCCCCAGCAUGCAGCCCGGCGGCAUGACCGUGGCCCCCAGCAGCCACGGGUCCAUGGGCGGGUACAGCCACGCCGUGCCCUCCUCCCAGGGCAUGCCCGCCCAGGGCCAGAUCAACAUGACGCAGGGGCAGCCCAUGGGCAGCUACGGGCCGCGGCCCAACAUGAACAUGCAGCCCAGCCAAGGUCCCAUGAUGCACCAGCAGCCCCCCACCCAGCAGUACAGCAUGCCCCCGGGGGGCGCCCAGCACUACCAGGGCCAGCAGAACCCCAUGGGCAUGAUGGGACAGGUCAGCCAGGGGAACCACGUGAUGGGACAGAGGCCCAUGCCUCCGUACAGACCCCCUCAGCAAGGACCCCCUCAGCAGUACCCAGGACAGGAAGACUACUACGGGGAGCAGUACAGUCACGGAGGACAAGGAGCGCCAGAAGGUCAUAAUGAUUACGGUUUUCAACAACCAUCGUAUCCUGAUCAGGGCUACGAUAGGCCUUAUGAGGAGUCCUCACAACAGUACUACGAAGGAGGUAACUCCCAGUACGCACAGCAGCAGGAGGCCUACCAGCAAGGCCCCCCCCAGCCACAGGGAUACCCCCCACAGCAGCAGCAGUAUCCAGGGCAACAGGGCUACCCCGGGCAACAGCAGGGAUAUGGUCCCUCCCAGGGCGGGCCAGGGCAGUACCCUAACUACCCCCAGGGGCAGGGGCAGCAGUACGCGGGCUACAGGCCGCCCCAGCCCGGCCCCCCCCAGGGCCAGCAGCAGCGGUCCUACGGCUACGACCAGGCCCUCAUGAGGAAUUAAGGAGCGAUUUUUUCACCCCUCCCCUGACUAGAUCUGUAUGGCCUGAAGGGGCAGUAUGGCAGUUACCAGCAGUGAGGCAAAGGCUCCAUUCCACAUGUAAGGCAUCCGGCCAUACCCAGCCUGCCCUCAGGGCUGGAGUGAGUCUGGGAACGAGGAUCACUCAUUCGUCCCUUUUCUCUUCCAUUAGGGCAUAAUGAACACUGCUGAUCACCCCCACCCCCCACUUUCUCUCUCUCUCUCUCUCACACGUACACACACACACACGUACACACGCACACACACACACGCACACACACGCACGUAUCACACACACGCACACACACGUACACACACACACACACACACACACACACGUACACACACACACACACGCACACACACGUACACACGCACACACACGCAUACACACACACGUACACACACACACACACGUACACACACACACACACACACACACACGUACACACACGCACACACACACACACGUACACACACACACACACACAGACUCUGCAUAUAUCAAGGCAUCUGCUCUUCUCAACUCUGCCUAAGUAUCUGGUCAGGGGUCAGGUGGUGAACGUGGACCGGUGUAGAAAAUGUCAGAUUCACUGGUUGUCACGGUCGCCCCCAGUGAUGCUGGUCUCGAACCUGUUCCCCGUAUGAAAUACUUUUCUUUUUAACAUGAAAAUGGAUAUGAUCAUCGUUUGGGCUCAUUCUAACGGUAGUGAUGCCUUAAACCUACAUCGUCGCAAAUUAAUAAACGAUUAAAAAUAUAAUACCGAUAUCCGGAGAUGUGUCUGAAAGAGCACAUGGCCGUAUUUCCAUGCGUUGCAGAUUGAGACACGUGUGGCGACCGAUUUUUUUAAAUUUUAUUUUCGGAAACAAAGUGACCCUACUAAUCAUAGUGCAAUGUUCAUUUUGUUGUGUUUAUGAAGCAAUAACAGAAUGAGAGGAGGAACGAGGGGUCUUACGGUAUAUCAUGAUGCGUUACGGUCUCUUACGAUGGCCAUUAAUAUAAGGGUCAAAAAUAUUAAUGGGUGUACAAAUGUAUUUUUAUGCUUUUAGGGUAGAAACAAACUUGUAUAGAUUAGACCUUUUUGUUUUGUUUUUGUUUUCUCAAUGGGAGCCAGUUUGACCUGUGACCUUUGUCUUUUUGUUUUGUUUGUUUGUUUUUUGUUUUUUUUUUUCCUGUGUAAUCUUUUUAAUUUUGUGUUGUUGUUUUUUUUUUUUUGUAUGCUCAAUAACUGCAAUGGCUUCUAUGAUGUGAAUGCAGGGGUAGAAAAGCCAUAUGUUUUAUGGUUGUACGUGUAAAAAAAUGCUCCAAGAGAGAGAAUUCAUUCAGUUGCUAAAAAGCUCAGAAGUUGCUAAUACGAUGUAAAAUAAUGAUGCUGAGAAGCUGGAGACUGCAUUCGGAGCACACAGCUUGCUCCAGGCAGCGCUAGACGUUUUUUUAAAAUUUCUUUUUAUUAAUUUCCUGACCAGAGCAACAGCACUGUCAUGUCCUUGUUACUUUUUUUUAUUUUUUUUUUAAAUGAUCAUUAUUCCAUUCACUCUGUCCUUAUGAAAAUGUAAACUUUUUGAACUCAGUGAAGACAUAUUUACAGACACGGAGUGGAGUUUCUGGAGGGAAGGAUUACCGCCUGCCAUAAACCAUAAACUUUUGUUCUGACUGCACUGCAAAACACUUUGUCAGUAAACAAGUUGUGAAUUCCCUCUGAUUAUAAAGCGUAAAUAUGAAUUGUGCGGGACCUCAUUGAACAAAAUGAGACCGACGCGAGCGUGUGAUUUCAGACUUGUCUACAAAUGAAUACGCAGAAACGGAACCAUUAAGAACGAAAUGCUCUGUAGUGUUUUGCAGACUAUUGUAGUCAUUGUGCUGGCUUGAACAAUAACACUUAUUUAUACCUGUUCAGUACAGUGCAUACACAGUGAGAUCCUAAGAAUGGUUUUAACUUUUUUUUUUGUUGUUGAGUGAACUGGAAUGGUUUGUUCGUAGAUGUACAGUUUGAUCUAAAAUAUUGAAAAAUAAUUAUUGUGUCCAAGGCCACCAGCUCUUGUAGGUACCAUGCCAAUGUUUGCCACUGUGUUUUGCGUUACAAUGUAUGUCACUGGAUUUUAGUAUAAAAAAAGUCAAAUAAAUUAUUGUGAUUUUUUCAUA